AGGGAGACAAUGGAAAGAGAAGGCAACGGCACUCUACUUACUGAUUUUGUCUUGGUGGGGUUCACAACAGAUCCAGUCCUGAGAAUAAUUGUCUUUGUCCUGUUCCUGAUCUCAUACACUAUAACACUGACUGGAAACCUGGGUCUCAUGACUCUGAUCUAUCUUGAGUCCUGCCUGCACACCCCCAUGUACUUCUUUGUGGGCAGCCUUUCCUUCCUGGAUGUCUGGUACUCUACGGUCUACACUCCCCGGAUCCUGGCUGACUGCAUGUUCAAGAACAACUCCAUGUCCCUCGCUAGCUGUGCGGCCCAGUUCUUCUUUUCUGCCGGCUUGACCUACAGCGAAUGCUUCCUGCUGGCAGUCAUGGCAUAUGACCGCUAUGUGGCCAUCUGCAACCCACUCCUCUAUGCCACUGCCAUGCCCAGGAAGCUCUGCAUCCAGCUGGUCACUGGGUCUUACAUAGCAGGGUUUGCCAGUGCCAUUGCGCACACAGGUAACACCUUCCGCCUACACUUCUGCGGGAACAAUGUUAUCAACCACUACUUUUGCGAUGUACCACCACUCGUGAAGAUGGCCUGUGAUGAUAUCCAAGUCUAUGAACUCAUCCUUACCACUGUCAUUGGUUGCAGUAUCUUGGCUACUACAGCUGUCAUCCUUGGCUCCUACAUGGGUAUCGUGGCAGCCAUCAUACGCAUCCGCUCAGCCGCAGGGCGCCGUAAGGCCUUCUCCACUUGCUCUGCCCACAUCAUUUCUGUCUCCCUCUUCUAUGGCUCCCUUCUCUUCACGUAUUCCCGGCCCAUCUCCCAGCACACUCCGAAGUGGGACAAGGCAACUGCUGUGCUCUACACGGUCCUCAACCCUCUCAUCAACCCCUUGGUUUACAGUUUGCGCAACCAAGAUGUGAAGUCAGCCUUCAAGAAAGUCCUGGGGAGAUUCAUACGACCCAAAUGA